CUUCCGGUUCGCAGAGGCGUGUUUCCGCUCAGUGUUUGUGACUUGACUUUUCACUGAUGGACGCAGCCACGUCUCACCGUUACGCGCCAGAACCGGAGCCGCCCGGAGCGCGUGGACCGUGAGCCGCGAGCCGUGAGCCGCAGGUCGUGUCGCUGAGCCCGGUGCGUUCUGCUCCCGCUCCCGCUCCGCGCAGAUCACAGCCGCUACACGUCCUUUGUCCCACUUCCUCCCGAGUCCUGAUCCGACCUGAGACCUGAGACCUGAGACCGGAUCUGCCAGACUGACCGGACCGCGCACCUGAGUCCAGGUGGACCUCCCGCCGCGGCCCGACUCUGCUCCGCGGGACACACCGGGCCUGGACACGGGUGUCAGCAGGUGCUGGCAGGUGCUGGCAGGUGCCCCGGGUGCUCUCCUCGUGCUGAGGGCUGUGAUGGCCUGAAGGUUCCUCUGGUCAAACCCGUGUGUGACGCCUGCUCCUCCCUGUGGCCCCGGGGCCCGUGUGGCGAUGACGGGGGGCCGGUCCAUGUCCAAACACCCGCUGUGGCGACUGAUGUCCCGUCUGGGACGGGCCCCGGACCGCGUGGUGUUGGCGCGCAGCGAGAGCCUGUCGGGGGAGCAGGUGCUGAAGAUCACGGUGACGGAGACCACGGUGAUCGAGGCCGAGUCGGGUGUGUGGAACAGCCGCUCCAUGGCCUACAUGGGCCUGUGGUAUUUCUUCAGCUUCUGCACACUCUUCCUCAACAAGUACAUCCUGUCCCCUGGAGGGGAGCCCAGCAUGCUGGGCGCGGUGCAGAUGUUGUCCACGACUGUGAUUGGUUCUCUGAAGAUGUGCGUGCCGUGCUGUCUGUACCAGCACAAGUCUCGCUCGGAGUAUCCCUCCAACUUCAUCAUGAUCAUGCUCUUCGUCGGCCUCAUGAGGUUCGUGACCGUGGUCCUGGGACUCGUCAGUCUGAAGAACGUCGCCGUCUCAUUCGCCGAGACCGUGAAAAGCUCCGCCCCCAUCUUCACCGUCAUCAUGUCGCGCCUCAUCCUCGGAGAAUACACCGGUACGACGCACACACACACACACACACACACACACACACACACACACACACACACACACACGGGUGACUCUGCUUUGUCCAACGAUAUGAUGAUUGACAGGACACAGAGUUUUGUGUUACAUAAGUGUGAGUUGUUGUACAGAUUAGGUUUACAGAACGUUUUCUCGAAGAAGCUGCUCAGCGGAGACACGUACAAGUUCAGUCCUCCAGAGCUGCAGUUUUACACCAGUGCGGCCGCUGUGAUCAUGCUCAUACCGGCCUGGGGAUUCUUACUGGAGAUUCCAGAGAAAGGUCGGAGUCUGUACUUGAGUCAGGACGUGUUGCUGCUGCUGCUCUUCGAUGGAGCUCUGUUCCACCUGCAGAGUGUGACGGCCUACGCCCUCAUGGGACGCAUCUCCCCCGUCACCUUCAGCGUGGCGAGUACGGUGAAACACGCUCUCUCCGUGUGGCUCAGCGUCAUCGUCUUCAGUAACCACGUGACUCUGCUGGGCGCCGUGGGCACCCUCCUCGUCUUCAUCGGGGUCUUCCUCUACAACAAGGCGCGACAGCUCCAGCGGGGGGCGCUGCAGACUCUGGCCCAGCACAACCACCUGGAGCCUCUGCAGAAGGACACGAGCAAAGACCCGGAUGCCCUGCCACACUGAGCGCUCCAGCCGCGUCCACGCUCUCACGGCGGCCUCCUCUGAGCCUCCUCGUCCCUCUGAGCCUCCUCGUCUCCUCUGAGCCUCCUCGUCCCCUCUGAGCCUCCUCGUCUCCUCUGAGCCUCCUCGUCUCCUCUGAGCCUCCUCGUCUCCUCUGAGCCUCCUCGUUUCCUCUCCUCUGCUCUGAACCUUCUUGUUUCCUCUGAGCCUCCUCGUCUCCUCUUGUCUCCUCUGAGCCUCCUUUCGUCUCCUCUCGUCUCCUCUAAGCCUCCUCAUCUCCUCUGAGCCUCCUCGUCUCCUCUGAACCUCCUUGUCUCCUGUCAUCUCCUCUCAUCUCUUCUCGUCUCCUCGUUUCCUCCUCAUUUCCCCCUCAUUUCCCCUCCUCUCCUCUGUGCCUCCUCGUUUCCUUCACUAACGCCUUAAACAGGUCAAAGUGCAGACGGCAGGUUCACGUUUUUCUAAUUAGACUUGUUUUGGUGUGAAGUUUCACUUCAGUUCAGAGGAAGUUUGAGGAAGAACAAAAAUACAGGAAGAACAAAAAUACAGGAAGUAUCGUCAAGUUUUAAAACAUUCCCGUUGAAAAUUUACGCACAAGGAAGAUAUUUUUCAAACACUUUAAACUUUGUUAUCAUGUGGAUCUAUAAUAAAAAGAGGCACUAAACGUUUUCUGCACAACAAGCAUAAAAGAAAACUCAUUCAUAUAAUUUAUCAUAAUAUGUACCCCAUUUUUCAGACUAUAAGUUGCACCAGUCAAAAAAUGCAUAAUGAAGAAGAAAAAAAAACGUAUAUAAGUCACACUUUUUGGGGGAAAUUUAUUUUAUAAAAUCAGAGAGCAGGAGCAGGCAUUUCCUGUGUAAAGUCAAGUUGUAGUAAAAACAACAGAAGAGAGAACAACAGACUGUUAACAUCACAUAUGAACAGUUCUUCAGAUAAACUAUAACAUAAACAACAGAACAAGUUUAACAAACUCUCCAUCUCACUCCAAAUCACUAAAUCCAUUCAAUUCUUCAUCCUCGGUGUCACUUCUGAGCAACUCGGCCUCGACCUCCGGAGGUAAACAGAGCUGCUGUCGUCAGACUCAGCAUCAGUUCCAGUUAGAAUUAUUCGGGUCUUUCUGAAUCCCGACAGGAUGGUUUCAGUGUCACUGACGUCCAGGCUUUGUCCAUCCAUCCAGUGACUUCAGGAAAGUUUCACGGUGCAUCCUCCCGCUGUCACAAGUUUCUCUCUCACUCCAAACUUUCUUUCUGCUGCUCGAUUAUCGUUUUCAGCUGCAGAUUUCACGACAUGCAGCUUUAAUCUGAAAACAAAUGCCCCUAAAAAGAAUCAUAAAUUGCACUUUUCCCAGUCGUCUUUAUAAGUUUAAAGUUUAAAUGUUAAAUUGUUCAGUGUUGCAGAGGUAACGGUGCGAUCGACUGUCAUGAUACAGACAGGACAGAGGCUCUUUCUGCAGGAGGAACAGGAGCAGCAGAUACUCACACACAAGCCCACAGCGCCCUCUUGUGGCUGUCAGUGUGUAAAUGUUAAUAUAUAAGUCACAGGAAACACCCAAACCAUGAACAAAAGUGCCACUUAUCGUCCGAAAAAUACAGUACUUUUUAAUUUUUGCGUAAAUUUGAGAUGAAAACAAAUUCUAUUUCUGUCAAAUUCUAUCAAAAUUAGUUAAAUUU